AUGGCUUCGUACCACCCCGAGGCCAUGAAAGCAUGGCUAUACUCAAGUGCAUACGGAGGCAUUGAGAACAAUAUGCAACUCCAUGAGCGCGCCCGGGUACCGCCUGUGCCACAGGGCACCGAGGUACUUGUGCAGGUGCUGUCUGCCGCACUGAACCCCUUGGACUUUAAAUUCCCUGAAAUAGGGAUGAUAAUGGCGAGGAUGGUCACUGGGGCCUCCGCAUCGCCGGGACUGGAUUUCUGCGGUCGUGUUGUGGCGACUGGCCCACUGGCUCGACAUCUGAAAGAAGGCCAAUUGGCUCUGUGCAGCCCACCUCGAUUUGGCUCACUAGGAGACUAUCUCACCAUCACCGCCGACAAGAUCGCGGUGGCUGCCGAUGGCGUUGCAGUGGACUCGGCUGCUGCGAUCCCACUUGCUGGGCAGACGGCUUAUCAGAGCCUCGAGGGCUAUGUCAAGGCUGGUGACAAAGUCUUCAUCAAUGGCGGCUCGGGCGGCUGCGGUAUCUUCGCUAUUCAGAUUGCCAAGCAGAUGGGCUGCCAUGUUACAGCCACUUGCUCUACCCGCAAUGUAGAAUUGUGUUUCCGCUUAGGCGUAGAUGAGGUCAUUAACUACACCACAGAGACCGACCUUGUAGCAACAUUGGGGCAACGAGGGGUAGUCUUUGACCAUAUAGUCGAUCACAUCGGUGUACCUUCUGACCUGUACUACCAGUGCCAUCGCUUCCUCAAAGAAGGUGGAGUGUUUAUUCAAGUUGGUGCUUCCAGCUUGGUGACGUUUGUGAGCCGCCUCAGCUGGCCUUCCAUCCUUGGUGGCGGACAGAGAAAAUACACGAUCAUGAUGGUGAAAAACAACCAAAGACAACUGCAACAACUGAUGGAGUGGCUCGCAAGUGGUGCAAUCCAGGUUCAACUAGAUAGCACUUACGAGUUUCGUGACGCGGUGAAGGCCUUCCAGAGGCUCAAAUCAGGACGGACGAGAGGAAAGAUCAUAGUACAUGUCAAUGAUCCCCACGAGCAGAACAUGGAACCAUUUGGAAUUGGGCUCUAA